AGCAACGCGCAUACAUCCCCUCCAAAACGGCUACCAUGUUGGCCUCCCUCCGUACCGCGAGCCGCCCGCUUGUCCGCCGUGCGUGGCUUGCCCGAUCGGUCCAGACCACGUCCGACUCCACCAGGCUCACGUCUGACAUCCCAGAGUCGCACUCGGAGCCAUUCAAGCUGACUCUCCACGAGAAUGCAUUCCAUGGCUUCAAGACCGAAGUUCCAUCUCAGGAGGUGGAUGUGACCAAGGAGCUGUUGCUAGACAUGUAUCAUAAGAUGUCGGCCAUGCGUCGCAUGGAGAUGGCUGCCGAUCAGCUGUACAAGGCGAAGAUGAUCCGUGGUUUCUGCCAUCUUGCCAUCGGACAGGAAGCUAUCUCCGUCGGACUGGAGUCAGCCAUCACCUUCGAGGAUCUCGUUAUCACGGCCUAUCGUUGCCAUCCUUACGCCGUCAUGCGUGGGGGCACGAUCAAGGGUGUGAUUGCUGAGCUACUCGGUCGUGAGGAUGGCAUGUCUCACGGCAAGGGUGGCUCGAUGCAUAUCUUCACCCCUCGUUUCUUCGGCGGUAACGGGAUUGUCGGGGCCCAAGUCCCCAUCGGCGCUGGUAUUGCGCUCGCUCAGAAGUACUUGGGCAGCAAGAAGGCUACUUUCACGCUCUAUGGUGAUGGUGCCGCUAACCAGGGCCAGGUGUUUGAGGCAUUCAACAUGGCCAAGCUCCACAACCUGCCGUGCGUUUUCGUCUGCGAGAACAACAAGUACGGUAUGGGCACUUCCGCUGAGCGUAGCUCUGCGAACACCCAGUACUACACUCGCGGUGACUAUAUUCCCGGUAUCCAGGUCAACGGUAUGGACAUCAUCGCCGUCCACCAGGCAUGCAAGCAUGCACGUGAGUGGGUUCUCAACGACAAGGGACCACUUCUGCUCGAGUUCGUCACCUACCGCUACGGUGGUCACUCCAUGUCCGACCCCGGUACAACUUAUCGUACGCGUGAGGAGAUCCAGCAGAUGCGGAGCACUCAGGAUCCCAUCCGUGGGCUCCAAAAAUACCUGGAGGAGUGGGGCGUCGCGACCGAGGAUACGCUCAAGGACCUCGACAAGCAGGCACGUGACGAAGUGAAUGAGGCUGUUGAGGUCGCAAAAGCCUCCCCCGAGCCGACGGCUAAGGACCUCUUCACCGACAUUUACUAUGAGAACACCUCGCCGCCGUUCAUGCGUGGCCGGUCUCGUGAAGAGAUUCACUGGUACUAGAUAGCUUACCUCCUACAUACCGGCUUGAAUCUCAUACCUAAUUCUUUGUCAGUGAUUUGGCCGUGUGUCUUGUUAUCUAUCGGAUUGUGCCUCCACAUCGGAGUGUGAGCACCGUUAUUACACUGUCUGUCCGAGUUGCGCCCUGCAGUAGUAUGAUCG